AUGGCAACAAAUACACCUCCAAAUAUUUCUGCACGAAUAUUUUACGGUCUAAGAACUGACAUUCAGUACAACGCCCAUUAUAUGACGGAUUCAGAGAUUAUAUACCCAGCUGGUGGUGUAAUAGUUGUUCAUAACCAUAUUCAGAAGAAGCAAAAAUUUAUCCGGCUUCAAGACAAGCACAAACCAAUAAAGUCUUUAGUUUUGGCACCCAACAGACGUUGGUUAGCUCUUAACGAAAUCGCUGAAGAAGGCCAAAAGCCAAUAAUUACUAUAUACGACCUUAACACUUACAAGAGACGUAAAAUUCUUACUGUGCCUUUCGAAAAUUCAACGGCACGCGAAUUCGCAUGUAUUCAAUUCACAUACGAUUCGAAAUAUCUAGUGGCUAUAACUGGAGAACCAGAUUGGUAUUUGUAUUAUUAUAACUGGGAUAAAGGAAAAGUAGAGAGUCAUGCAAAAGCACAAAAUCCAAGCGGCCAGGGGAUUGUAGAAAGCGUACAAUGUAAUCCCACUGACGCAACGCUCGUGGUGAUAACAGGACCGUACACGUUUCGUAUUAUGAACGUUUCCGAAACAGUGUGGCGACAAUGGGGCUGGUGUAAAGCUGAAAACAUCAAUAUAACGAGUUGCAUGUGGUUAACAUCUGAUCGCAUUAUGUUUGGAACUGAUAACGGAGUCAUCAUGGUAGUAGAAAACGGAGAUCUGCGUCAGAACUGUAUAUUCCGCGCCGCUGAUGUCACGGAAAUGUCACUUAAAAAAGUCGAUACAGAGUCAGCUGAAGGAGAAAAAAUCAGUACAGCCAGCGCUGAAGUUUCUGGCAGCCAAUCAGGGCUCAUAGAGUCAGAAAACUACCCUGUGACAUGUUUGAUUAACUUCGAUAAAGGAUUUGCGUAUGCGUGUGGACAAGGGUAUGUCCAUAUGUUUGAGAAAGAGACACCACAUCAUUGGCGUAAAAGGAACUUAUUUCGAAUCUCAAAAAAAUCGUACAAACACACUCGAGAACAUCCAAUGUGGUCGCCACUUGACGCCAUACAACAUAUAACAAUAGAUCCUAAUCAGGAAACGCUUCUUAUAACAACACUCAGAAAACAACUUUAUUACGUCAAACUCUUUGGACAGCAUAUGCUUCAGAAUCCUGAAAUAGCAUUUACGGAACUAGGCCCUGCAAUGCAUUAUGGUCGCAUAAAUUCACUAUCAAUGUGCGCUUGGAAGCCAAUAUUUAUGACCUCCGGUGAACAGGACAAAAGUAUACGUAUAUGGAAUUAUAUGACAGACGACGUAGAGUUAAUUAAACUCUACCAAGAGGAGAUACAUUGCGUAUCUUUACACCCUACUGGACUUUUCGCUAUAGUCGGAUUUUCAGAUAAGUUACGUUUCAUGGUAGUUCUGAUCGACGAUUUUGAAGUUAUGCGAGAAUUUCCUAUAAGAAAUUGUAAACGUGCACAAUUUAGCACAAAUGGUCAUCUCUUCGCUGCCGUUAAUAGUCAAGUGAUCCAAGUUUUCUCGUCAGUUUCUUUUCAAAAUGUUUUCAAUUUGAAAGGACACAAUGGAAGGAUAACGGGUUUAGCUUGGUCUGCUCAAGAUUUAACUUUAGUUUCAUGUGGUACUGAAGGAGCGGUUUACGAAUGGAAUAUGUCUUCAGGACAAAGAGUUGGUGAAGUUAUAUUGAAAACAAAUCAAUUUAACGCAUGUGCAGUUAAUUCUAAUGGAAAAACUACAUACGGCGUAGGAAGUGACGGAGAAAUUAAGGAAAUUGGAUCGAACACAAUACGAAGAAAUAUGGGAUUGAUUGGUUGCGCUUUGGAUAGUAUAAUAUUAUCACGAUCUGAUUUAAUGUUAUUUAUUACUGGUGGUGAAGGAGGUGUAACUGCAGUACAAUUACCGCUAUUGGAUAAAGCUAUUUUUACUGAAUUUCAUAUGCACAAUAAAAAAGUAACUGGUAUCGCUUUAUCAUACGACGAUCAGACUUUAGUGUCUGUGGCUGAAGAUUCUUCCAUCUGCUUGUGGAGAUUGAUCAAUGCUGAUGGAAGAGCGAUAGCUCUCGAUAAAGAUUUUGCUUAUUCUAAGGAAAUUUUGAUUAGUAAGAAAGAUUUGCAAGAAAAAAUUAAUAGUAUAAAUCUACUCAGUACGAGAAUGAGUGAGUUAGAAACCGAGCACACUUAUCAACUGCGUCAAGCUGAAGCCGCGCAAGCCGAAAAAUUGAAAGAAGUGCAUGAAGGAUAUUGUGCUGCUAUUGAGGAGCUUAAAGAAAAGAAUGAGCAAAUGGAAAAUGAACAUACGCAUGAAAUAGGAAUGAUACAACAAGAUAUAGCCAAAUUGCGAACGAGCCAUGAACGAACUCUCCAAGCUUUGGAGGCUGAUUUUAAUAUAAGACUCAUAAGUGAAUACGAUCGAUAUCAGAGUCUUGAAGAUAAAACGGCUCGCAUGAGAAAAGAUUAUGAGCAGCGUUUGGAGGAGUUAGCAGAAAGUAAGCGACAAGCCUUAAGACAAAUUAAUGAUAUGUUUGAAGCGAAACUAGAAGAGAAAGACCUGAUGCUGCAAGAGUUACAAGAGCAAGCUGAUAUGGAAAGAAAAGAACACGAAACUAUAAAAGUUUCAAUCGAAGAAGAUGCUGAUCGUGAAAUAAUUGAAAUUAGAACUGCAUACGAAGUGCAACUAAAGGAAGAAAAGGAUGCUAAUGUAAGAUUGAAAGGGGAAACAGGUUUAAUGAAGAAGAAGCUUAUAUCAGCCAAUAAAGAAAUUGAUGAAUUUAAACAUCAAGUAUCUCAACUUAAGGCUGAACACAAACAAUUCCAAAAAGUAAUAUCGACUCUUGAACGAGACGUAGCAGACUUAAAAAAAGAAAUUUCAGAACGAGAUGGCACAAUCCAGGAUAAAGAAAAGAGGAUAUAUGAAUUAAAGAGAAAGAAGCAAGAAUUAGAAAAAUACAAAUUCGUGUUAAAUUUUAAAAUAACCGAAUUAAAAAAUCAGAUUGAACCUAAGGAACAAGCAAUACACGAGUUAAAAGUUCAGAUAGACGACAUGGAAAAUGAAGAACUAAAAUUGUUGAAUUCAAAACACGAACUUGAGCUUAAGAUCAGUCAGUUAAACGAAAAACUAGCUUCAGCGAAAAAAGAUUUCCUAAACGAAGCAAAUCGCAAUUUAACUUUAAAAAAUACUUUAAAGAAAAUAAAAAUUGAUCUUCAUAAUAUGACAGCUAAUUUUCAAGAUCCAACUCGAUUGAAGCUCAGCGUUAAGGCUCUAUUUCAAAAAUAUGUAGAAGACAUAGACUUUGUACGCAGUCGUAUCGCAGAAGACGAAGCAAUUGGAGAAUUCAACCGACAACGUGACCAUCUUGAGAAACAAGUAGCAGCACUAAAACAGCAACUGUCAAAGUCGCUGGAUGGAUCCAACAGUGACAUUAGAAAGAUAAUGGACGAGAACUGCACAUUAUUAACAGAAAUCAACAACCUGCGCACUGAACUCAAGUCCACUCGAUCGAGAUGUUUUCAAAUGGAAUCAAUACUUGGUCUGUCCGCUCGAUACAUUCCGCCUACAACUGCGCGCGCCAAGCUCAAGCGUGUGACGGAAGACAGGGAACACCUCGACGAAAAAUAUAAAGAGAAGAUUGAGGAAAGAGAAGAAAUCAUUGUUGCUCUUAAAGAAGAAAACGAACGUCUUCUUAGUAAGGCGAGGUGCGUCGAAGGUGACGAAGCCAAUGAUGAAUGCUCUCCUGAUAAUGCUGAGUUAAAAUAAAGUUUAUAUUUUAAAGGA